GUUGAGGAGUUUUGCUCGGGUCUACAGCCGAAUCACGAAGCUACUACUAGAGAUGAAGAAACCUACAGGAUGGAUUUCAAAUCUUUGCUGCCAACAAAAGAGGAUCAUGUAGGGAAAGGAUUGGCUAGCGCUCUUCAAUGUUUUCGAGAGAAUGGGAGCUUGAAGGAAUCUAGAGGCGAAUGGAUUGGAAGAAGCAGGGACAAAAGGACACCAGAAAAUGGUAAAUUCGAAUUCAACUUGGACCACCGCGAUGAGCAUGGCCAAACUCUGACCCCCAAGGAAGCCUUCCGGCAGUUCUCGCAUAAGUUCCACCAUGUAAAACCGGGGAAAAGGAAGCAAGAGAAGAAGCUAAAGAAGCAAGAACAGGAGCUAAAGAAGAGGAAGAAAGAAGAACACCCUCUGGAGUUUAUGGAGAGAUUGAGAGGCAUUCAAGUCAAGUCAGGAACAGCUUACAUUAGAACUUGACAAGGAGUUAACUUGUCAGCUAAAUGAUUUCUAAUAACGUUGUAUGAGUGCAAUUCUAUUUGCACCAA